CAAAAAUAAAAUUCCCACCAUUUUACAAUGAUUGCUAUAGUAGUAUGCUAGAAAAAACAAUUUGGGAUAAAAAGACGAGUUUCCAGUUAUCGCAAAUAAAAUGAAAAAAAAUAUGUAUUUGUAAACAUUGGUCUUCGAUCUCUUAUCCCUUCACUCACAACUUUAGCAUACAAAAUAAAAUUAUGAAUAAGUCAAUAUUGCUGUCAAUAUACAUUAAUAUCUAAGAGAAUUUUUCUUGUAAUCGAAAAUUAUAAUUUUAUAUCUAGCUUGUAUGAAUUUUAUUCACAAAAAUGGAUAAGUUAACAGUGAUAUCCGCCACACUUUUCAUGGCUGCUGAUGUUUUUGCCAUUGUAAGUCUUGCAAUGCCUGAUUGGAUAAUUACAGACAUUGGAGGUGACACUCGUCUAGGUCUUAUGUGGUCUUGCAUGACUCUAUACAACAGACCUCAAGUUUGUUUUACUCCAGACCUUCAACCUGAAUGGCUUUUGGCACUUAUUUGCAUUUUCAUUGGCUGCAUAUGCAUCACCACCACUGUUAUACUAUUAGCUUCAAGUCAUUUUGACAGAAAUGUGGUCCCAUAUGCAAGAUGGGUUGGUUUUGCAGCAAUGGUUGUAUUCUGCUUAGCGGCAGUCAUAUUUCCCAUGGGUUUCCACGUGGAUGAGAUUGGAGGACAACCUUAUCAAUUACCAAACAGUCAUCAAGUUGGAAUCUCCUACAUAUUAUUUGUUCUCUCCCUUUGGAUAACAGUGAUAUCUGAACUUUUUGCUGGGAAAGUGUGUCUCCCACACUUUUAAGCCUCUAAACUAAACUAUCUGAUUAUUAUCAUUAAUAGGUGAAUAAAGUUAGCAAAAAAAAUUCUCUUUAACUUGUGUGUUCCUUGGCUUCUAAAUCAUAAAUGGUUCAGCAAAAAUUUACUCAUUGUGUUAGAUGAUGCAAAUAACUUCUCUAGUGAAUAACUGCAUAAUGUGCUACAACUGUAAUAGUGUAAAACUGUAAAACUCAAUGUAAAGAAAAAUUGUGAAAGAUAACAAAUAUAUUUUUUCCUAUAAACAAAAUUAAAUUACUAUGAUGUUGAAUAGUUGCAAAAGAUAUCUAAUUAUCAUUCACCUAAUCUGUUCAUUCGAAAUAUAGAAUUCUAAACGAUAAUAAAUCUGGUGAUCUAAAGCAGUAGAGGUGCAGCAUAUUUUAAUGUUAUAAAAAAUGCAAUAUCAGCAUUAAUCAUCCUUAAUAAUGUUGGUAGCUAUGUAAAACACAAAUAUAUGUAAUAUACAAAUAAAAAAAUAUUAAUUAUAAUUAACUAUUAAAAUAAUAUAAAAAAAAUACAAUUAUUUAAAAA